AUGUGCUGCCGAAGACGCCGUGCAGCCCGACAAGCCUGGCUCGAACAGCGGGCGCUAGGAGGACGCGGCUGCGGCAGCCGCCACAAUGGACCCGGCCCCGGAGGCCCGCCCUUCCGUCCCCCUUGGGCAGGAGGCGGUGGUGGCCCCCGCUUCGGCCGAUGGCGAGACGCCCCCCAAGACCCGUUCCAAGAUCGACAAGUUACCACUCCUCCUCCUCCUCGCAAUGAACCAGCCACCAGAGACAUUGAGAAAGGUGCCGUCGAGCCGACAUUCAAAGACGUCGAAAAGGGUACGCCUUCCGCUCCCGCUCCCGCUCCCGAGCCCGAAUCCAAGAGGGUGUCGUUCAUGUCUGGCCCUUUUGGACGUUGGAGAGAUUCUGUGAGGAGGUCCUCUUCGAACGCCACGUUGCCCCCUAGGUACACGUCUGGGGUCACCGAGGCUCCAUACUGGGACACUGAGCAGGCGGGGCACAGGCAGUCGAUGCCGCCGAAUUACGAUGUGGCUAUCAAGAAUUGA